UUAUCUUUCUGGUGAAGAAGAUUGAGGAUGGCUGCCCUGGGCACAGAAAAUUUCAGGAGUGGCACACCAGUCCAGACGCCAGAGGGAAAUGUGGUGAUGAAUUUCAGCUUUGAUGGCUACCCAUUGGAGGAGGAAGAACCUCAGACUAAAGAGAGACAGAGACAGGGCAGCACAGGCAUGUCCAUAGUCAAUGAACCAGCCUAUGAAAACUGAACUCCAGAGGACAGCUAUCAUGGCAUUUAUUUUGCGAUGCUUUUGGCUGGAGUUGGAUUCUUACUGCCUUACAACAGUUUCAUCACUGACGUGGAUUACCUUCACCAAAAAUACCCAGGAACAUCCAUUGUGUUUGACAUGAGUCUCACGUACAUCCUUGUAGCAUUGGCAGCUGUGAUUUUGAACAAUGCAUUGGUGGAGCUGCUGAGUCUGCACACCCGCAUCACUGUUGGUUACCUGUUUGCUUUGGGCCCCCUAAUGUUUGUGAGUAUCUGUGACGUCUGGUUGGAGCUAUUUACAGUACAGCAGGCAUAUGCCAUCAAUCUGGUGGCAGUGGGCAUUGUGGCUUUUGGAUGCACAGUGCAGCAAUCAAGUUUCUAUGGUUACACUGGAAUGUUGCCCAAACGCUACACCCAAGGGGUGAUGACAGGCGAAAGCACUGCUGGUGUCAUCAUUUCCCUCAGCAGAAUCUUUACCAAGCUCCUGGUUUCUGAUGAAAGGAAGAACACCAUUGUCUUCUUCUUCGUUUCAAUCGGAAUGGAGAGCAUGUGCUUCAUCUUGCACUUGCUGGUGAAAAGAACGCAGUUUGUGCGAUACUACACCUCUCACAGCAGCCGGGGCCAUGAACGUCUAAAGGACAAAGGUCAUGUGGAUCAGGGCCCAGGUUACCGGGUCCAUCAUAAUGUCAAUACAGAGGAAGUAAGAUUCGAAAACGGUACAAUGGAAAGCCCCCAGUCUGAUGUAGCUGAGCAGGAUAUUCCAGCCACUGCUGCCUACAUGAGGUUUGAUGCACCAAAGUCAAAGUUAAGGAGAACCUGGCCAGGUUUCAGAGACAUGAUUCUACACCGAUACAUUGUGGCCCGCAUUAUUUGGCCAUACAUGCUCUCCAUAGCUCUAACAUACUUCAUCACCCUCUGCCUAUUUCCGGGACUGGAAUCCGAAAUUCGGAACUGCACUUUGGGAGAAUGGUUGCCAAUCCUCAUCAUGGCCAUUUUUAACCUGUCUGAUUUUGUGGGAAAGAUACUUGCAGCUUUGCCUUAUGACUGGAAGGGACUUCAUCUCCUCAUCUGUUCCUGCACCCGGGUUGUCUUCAUCCCACUCUUCCUUCUGUGUGUGCUCCCAGGUGACCAGGCUGUUUUCAAUCAUCCUGCCUGGCCAUGUGUCUUCUCUUUGCUAAUGGGGAUUUCAAACGGCUACUUUGGUAGUGUGCCAAUGAUCUUGGCAGCAGGCAAAGUCAACCCAGAACAGAGAGAGCUGGCAGGUAACACCAUGACUGUAUCCUACAUGUCGGGACUAACAUUAGGAUCUGCAGUGGCCUAUGUCACAUACAGCCUGACCAGUAUGUCUCAUACUUCAUGUAUUCACACUGAAACCAUCAACGCUUCUCUGCCCACAGGAAUCUAAAAAAGGAUCUCUUCACAUUCUCAUCAGGGGCUAAAUGGAGAAAUGCUAAAGGUUAUUUAGAUCAUCCCAUGGAAACAUUGCUUGGUGCGCAUCAUCUCAAACACAUAAAAGAUCCCCAACGUGUCUGGGACUUUGUUUUUAUUCUGCCCAUCCUCGAGAAUUGGAUGGGAUCACCUUCAUGAACAUGAAAAGCUUCUGAAGAAGCUCCGAGUGGAAGUGUUAGCCGUCAGAAUCACCGACAGCCUUGACUUUAAUUGAGACUAAAAACAGUCCUAAAAUCUCGUCUAAGACUGCCUGCUUAUUGUUAUUUUGUUUGCCAACUCUGUUUAGAAUUGUGUUCCUCUUUUUACAGAAGGGAACUGUUGUCCUCUCAAGUACAGCUUUCUUGAGCAGUGUAAGAGGGGUUCUGUAAUUCUAUGGCUAAUGUUCCCAAGCAUUUUCCAGACAAAAUGUGCAUUUGUUUAAACAAAUUAACCUCUCAAACCCACUGUGUUUUAUUCUCCAAGGAUUCCAUGGACAGGUCUGCACUGUGUUUUAAAAGACCACCAAAAAUGAUGCUUUUAUAGAUUCCUCUGAGUGCAUCUGAAUGUGGCUUUAAUCAUCUUUCCUGCAUUUUAUUUGACUA